GGGUAGAUAGUGAGGGAAGAAAAGAUAAAAAAAAAAAGAGUCGUGGAAAAAAAAAUUAAACAUUAAUGAACUCAUCUCGAUUUUAUUUUACUUUAUUUUUUUUUCUUUAUAAUUACAAUCUCGACAUGUAAAACAAUAGAAUGCCUCACUCUUUUGGUCUCCGUGCUCGUACUCGUCACAUGUUCUCUCGUAACUUCAGAGAACAUGGUGUUAUCCCUCUCUCCACUUACUUGAAGACUUAUAAGGUCGGUGAUAUUGUUGAUAUCAAGGCCAAUGCCGCUGUCCAAAAGGGUAUGCCUCACAAGUUCUACCAUGGUCGUACUGGUGUUGUUUACAACGUCACCAAGUCUGCUGUUGGUGUCAUUGUUCACAAGAGAGUUGGUAACCGUUAUAUGGAAAAGCGUGUUAAUGUUCGUGUUGAACAUGUUAAGCACUCCAAGUGUCGUCAAGAAUUCUUGGAUCGUGUUGCUGCUAACGCCCAAAAGAAGAAGGAAGCUAAGGCUGCUGGUGUUUCUUUCAACCUUAAGAGAAUCCCUGCUCAACCUCGUGAAGCUCGUCAUGUCUCUACCAAGGGUAAUGUUCCUCAAACCAUUGCCCCUAUUGCUUAUGAGACCCUUAUCUAAAUUCUUUGAAAUUUAAUAGUGUAAAUUAUGAAAAAAAAAGGAAUUUAUCUUUAGCGUAUACGUAUCUGUUUGGAGAUGUUAUUAUACUAUUAUUGAUUGCUUUUUUUUUUGUUUGUUUGU